GUGACGCAUUAAUCAAGAGGACGUUACUAUUACGAAGAGCAAGAGUUGCAAGAAUUAGAAUUGUUGAAUAAACAUCUUGCAAAAUUCUUUCCAUCAAAAAGAAAAAUUUGCAUUAAGACUUUUUCAAAAGGCGUAGCGAUUCAAUCAGAUUUGAAUCAUUAACGACUAAUGUCUCUCCAUAAUAUUUAUUCAAUUUCCAGAGGAAAAAGCGUGAAGCGUUCAUACAUCACGACUGGUAAUUCAGGAUCGACCGGAAACGAACAAUGCGAAAGUAUCGAGUACACAGAAUAACGAUACUUUCAUCCUAGACGAGUCUACGUACUACUCUUGAACUUUGCUCAUCGAUAAUCCAGUUUGAACUUUUUAAGGAAGAGUAAUAGCGGUCGUCUAUAUAUAUUACAUUAACCACAACCGUUGUUACAUAUCAAAGAACCACGGACAUGUCCCAUAGUGGUUGACGAUGGAGACCAGACUUGGACCACAUAAAGAUCAAGGUAUCAACUUGGUGGAAGAAUUAUCAUAAGAGAAUGAGUCUUCGUUGGAUUCACGAGAACUUGGAGGCACCGACAUGCGACGAGGAAUGCAGCGACAUCGAUGACAGUUGUAGCGACGAUAGCUACGAUUCCGAUCUAUCGAUUGGCGAGGAGAAAGGGCCGGGUAGCGAAAAGGAGAUCAAUGGGGAUCGUAGGAGGAAAAGGGAAACCAGGAGGCAUCCGACCACUACAGUGAAGUUCGACGAGAACGGAACUUCGCAUUACAUCACGUCGGAAUCGGUUAAACGCUCGCCUUGCGUAAUAUGGGAUCCUAGGAAACCGGCACAAAAUCCUGUGUACAAUUGUUUGGUAAUCAAGUUGUUCUGUCGAACCGGAUAUCAUCUCGGUGUGUCGGAGUCCGGUCGUGUUCGAGGCUUGAGUGCUACGAAUGAACCACAUGCUUUGCUUCAUAUUAUACCGGUGUCGUUUGGAGUGGUACGAAUACAAAAUAUCGAGACUAGUCUUUAUCUGGCUUUCAAUAAGAAAGGACGUUUGUAUGGAGAGUUAAAUGGAAAUAAAGAUAAUACUGAAUGGGAACAAUGGAACGUUGGUUCCUACGAUGCUUUUCGAUCGCGAAAAUAUGCGAAUUACGGAUGGUGGAUAGGAAUAAAGAAGAAUGGUCGUGCGAAACCAGGACCAAGAACUAGUUGGGGCCAAAAAUCGAUACAAUUUUUAGCUAUACGACAAGAAUAAUUUCUAUGAAUAUUUUAUACAUAUUUAUAAUGAAUUAUACAGAGAUGGUUUAUUUGAAUUCUUGACGAAAAAAACUAAAAAAAAAAAUAAAAAUUUAAUGAAAUAAAUUAUAGCCAAUCGACAAAUCAAUCGUAUAAUACGAAUUAAUAUAAAACUUUGUAAUAAAUGUAAUUUUUUACUAACAACGAAAAUCAAAUGUUCUGACAACAGGAAAAAUAUACAAAUUCGUUACUUUCUAAGAGAAAUAAAUAAUUGUUUUCCAAUAGAAUAUAAUGUUUAUUAUAACACUGUGUUACUCAACAAUGGAUUGUGCAUUCUGCUUGUGCCCUUCAACUGAAACUUCAAGUUGCAGUUUUAAAAUUGCAAUACAUUUCUUUUUUUUUUUUUUUUUUUUCUUUUUUUUUAUCAAUUAUAAUCAUUGAUCGAUCAUGCUGCAGGCAAAGUGGAGUUUUUAAUCAGUCAGUUAAAUGAAAUAAUUGAAAGUUUACACUAUGCUCGCAGCAUUUAUAUCGUAAUUUAUAUAGAACGCUAAUAUACGUAAUAUAAUAUAUUAUAUAAUUAUAUGUAAUAUAUUCAUAUGUAAUUGUAUAUAUAUAUAUAACUAUUUCUUAUCUCUUUUGUACAUCUACAUACAUUGCAUAUACGUAUAUCGAAACUCUUAAGCGAAAGCUUCAAUUAAAAAAUGUUGAUGUUUGAUUAAAUAUCGUAAUUACAAACAUUUAUUACCCUUGUUUUUUAUGUAUAAAUAUACCAAAAAGCAAUAAUUAACAACAAAUAUGAUUUAAUUUGGGAAUUGGAAACGAAUCAUACACGUAAAUAUCAAGAA